UCCAAUGAGUGCACAUGCCAGCUUUUAAAGGGGUAACUGAAACACAAGGGUACACAAUAAAGAAUGGGAGGAAACUGGAAAAGGCAAAGAAAACUCCAGAAUGGUCCACAACUUCCUUGUAUUCGAGUACCUUCCUCUGUUUCUGACAGUGCAUUACUGAAGGACCUAAACCGAGGGCAGCGGCGCUAUUUCUACAGCAUCAUGAAGAUUUAUGACUCCAAACCCCAGUGGGAGGCCCUAAAGUCCCGCUACAUUAAUAGCCUUGGGCACCAGCAGCACCUGGGUUACAUCACUCAGCAGGAAGUCUUGUCCUGUGCUGCUCUACUUAGAGAUUCAACCAAGUUAGCCUCCGCCAAGGUAGCUCCUCCAAGGUCCACCCCAGAAGUCUUCAGCCACAAGAAGGAAACGUCUGCCAGCAAGUCCAGAGUCUUCAGCUCCAGCAAGGGCCCGCCGCACAGUGUGCUGAGCAGCAGAACAGAGACUGCACCAUCUGUGAAAUAGGCUGUUGUGUGUGUAUUUCUGGUGUCCAGUGGGUGCUUAGUGUACAUGUGGUCAAUGACAAUAAAUCAAAGCGUGAACUUCUCACACAAAUGCUGACCCACAUACAAGAUGAAAGGGUUAUAAGUUGUACAACACAGAGUAGGCAAGAUUUCCACAUACGAUCUUGUAGAAUAAAGUGACUUUCAAAGUUUUCUAAAUGAAACUUCUAAGGUACUCAACCCUCCCACAGAAACCACAGUAACAGUGGAAGGGCCUCUAUUCUUGGGUGACCAUGUUGCGCAUACUGAAAAUACAUGAAAUAGCACAGUGCUUACAGGAAUCAUGGUGGGGAACGGCGGGGCCCUAGUAUCAGCAACAACUGGCACAUGUCCCUUUCUUCUCUUUUCUUCUUCACCAAGCAAUAAUAUUCAUCUUGGUCCCACUGCUCCUGGUUCUAGUCUGACUUAAUAACUGUGUCAUUUUCAGACUUGCAUUUACCUGCCUGCCACUGCCAGGCUGAUUCUGCACAGCUAUAACUGGCCUUGACACAGCUGCCUCUGGCAGCAACAAACACCAGAACAGGAAAAGGCCCUUCAACACUGAUCUACUG